AUGAGGAGCACGAGGAGUCAGCUGCCGCGGGAGUUGCAGCGGGAGCCAGCCGCAGGGGUCUCCGAGCAUCUGGCGGGGAGGAGCACUUUCCGUUUCCGGAAGUAUGUUCGCUAUGCGUCUCGGCUGGAGCUGAAUGCGCUGGAGGUAGAUGUUGUGAACAGUGCCUGGUUGGCCUUCCCCGCCAGCCCCGUCGUGAGGCUGGUGCUGAGGGCUGCGACGCUGGACUGGUUGGCUGCUAUCCUUGGCGGCGGGCAGGUCGGCGGCCAGGGUGUAGGGAGUCAAAUCCGGCAGGUCUGGCAGCCCGGCCACCUCGGCCUGCAGCGCCGCCACUGCGGCCGUGUUGGCGGCCACUCCGGCGGCGUUGGUCCCCAGGGCCGCAGUGUUUGCGGCCGUGUCGGUGAGCGGCGUGUACCCGUCAGCACGGUGGCCAGUUGGCCGGCGGUUAUCCCUGUUAUCUCCGUGGUGGCUCCGUCAUUCAAGAUGUUCCCGGUGAUGGUGCUCUCGAACAGGCUCAUCGUUUCCCUAGUCCAGGACGCUCACUCCGGCGCCUGUUUGAUCGAGUUCUCGGAGCGGUUCGGGCCUGGCAGUUGGGGGGGCUUCUUCUCCAACUGGUGCUCCGAUGAGUUGGGCGCGGUGUUGGAUGGCGCGGACAUCGAAGUGGCGGAGGACAUGGCGAAGCUGGAGAAGGAGAUGCGGCGCACGCAUCGCCUAUGCUGGGACUGGCUGCCCGCGGCUACCAAGGAUGGGUUGAUCUCCUUGGAGCACGACGGCAUCUGCAUCAAAGACCGCGUCGUGGAGGCGGCGACCUUGGAAGGUAUCCUCGUGGCUGUCAAGCCGGCGCCGGACGCCUUUGAGUUCGCGGCCGUCGAGCACCCGGAGCUAGACUGGCAGCUGGUCUCGAAUACAUCCUACCAGAACUACCACGCCCUCCGCCAGCGCUGCAAGGAGCACGUGACUCGCGGUCGUGUCCGCCCCAACAACGGGGACUUUGCCGACCUGCUCGUGGCCAUGCUGUCCCCGACCGUGUACGUCCCGACCCAGGUGCAUGAGAGGGCCGACACCUACGAGCUCUUUGGGAGGUUUUAUGGGGACAAGGCAACACCACCGGAGCCGCUGAAUGACUUGGGCUUCGCCAACUCCCUGUGCUCGGCCGUCAUCGGUGGUCUGAGCGGGCGUGUCUUCAAGCCCCUGAACGGCGACCACAGCCGUGCCAAGAUGCUUUUCUCCGAUGGCUUCAUCGUGGAUUUUGAAACCGGGCAACGCAGGCGGGCCCUGCCGAGUGAUCCCAUGAGCUUCAAGGCCGCGGCGACUUCCAAAACCUGGGUCCCUCCCGUGGAGCACCGCUUCUUCCACCACGCGCUGGCCUUUCUGGAGACUCGCUGCUCCUCAUUGGCGGAUAAGGGUCGCCUAGUCUUGAAGGACCUGGAGGAGCUCGAGACGCACAGUCGGUGGCUGAGGAUGCUGAAAAGGUACGGGUCGUGGGAGCAGGUUCUAUAUCUGCUCCGGCUCUUCACCAGGGCCGUGACCGGCUAUCCUCGCAUCUGCGAGCUGCUUUGGCUGUAUGGCUGCGGCAGCAGCGGGAAAGACGUGAUCUUUCUCCCUUUGCUGGAGUUCCUCGGACACGAGUGCUUCAACUACGGGGCCAUUCUCCCGGGGCGCUUCGUGACGGCCUGCAAGAGCGCCGAUGCCAACUCGGCAACACCCUUCCAAGAUCAGCUGCAGGGCAAGAGAGGGGUGUGGGUCUCGGAAGUACCUUGCCACGACAACUUGAAUGAAGAUUUUCUCAAAGGCUAUUGCGAACAAGAAGGCUCCCCGGUAUCUGGCAGGGCCUUGAACAGAGGGCCUCGCUCCUGGAGGCCACAGGGCCUGCUAUUCUGCACUUCCAACCACGCACCCCGCGUACUUCAUGCAGAAGAUGAUGGGUGGACGCGGAGAGCCCGGGUAUGGGAGACAAAGGUCCGGUUCGUGGCGAAUCCGUCGGGUCCGGCAGAAAGGUUGGCUGAGGACGGCCUGAAGCGGUGCAUCCAGGCCGGCGAGUUCGACUCGGAGAUCCUCUACUUCGCAAAGGGCUUGUAUGCCAGCUUGAAGGAGCGCUACAACCCGGGCACUAUGCUCAUUCCGAUGCCCCAAGAGAUGACCGAGCUUCAGGCUGAGCUGCGCGAGUCCUACCCGCAGCGGACGGCGACUGACUUUGCGAAUCAGGAGUGCGAGGUUGUGGACAAGUACCAGGAAGGCACCCCCUGGCCGAUCUUCAAGCAAGCGUGUGCUGAGUUCAACGGCUACUCGCUUCGGGAGUCCUACAGGACCGGCAUGGCUCUUACUCGGGCCAACAUCGUCAGUCACCCCGCCAAGACCAAGAAUGUCGCGGUGGGCCCGCCUGGAAUACUUCGUCUGAAGCCGACGAACCCCACGGCUUGGCGUAGAGCGAACACCGCUCAGAGCUCCAGCUAG